UCCAGGCGGUGGCACAGGACGCCCAAGACAACGGCCACGAGAUACAGGCCUAUAAGGUCAAUUGCCCUGCCGAACAGCUGCGUGCACCCAGACUGGUGCGUAUAGGUGCAAUCCAGAACGCCAUAGUAGAGCCCACAGAUGCACCUGUACAGGCACAGAUCACUGCGUUACAUAAGCGGGUGGAGACUAUGGUUGUAUCGGCCGCCCGGAUGGGAGUGAAUGUGCUUUGUUUCCAGGAAGCGUGGACCAUGCCGUUUGCCUUCUGCACCCGUGAGCGACAGCCCUGGUGCGAGUUCGCCGAGUCAGCGGAGGAGGGGCAGACGACCAAGCUAUGCCAAACCUGGGCCAAGCGAUACAAUAUGGUUAUCAUAUCACCCAUCCUUGAGCGUGACCUGACUAACGGCGAUGUGCUGUGGAACACCGCCGUGGUGAUUGACAACUUCGGACGUGUACUGGGCAAGCAUCGCAAGAACCACAUCCCGCGGGUGGGCGACUUCAACGAGAGCACCUACUACAUGGAGGGCAACACAGGCCACCCUGUAUUUGAUACACAGUUCGGUAAGAUCGGAGUGAACAUCUGCUAUGGGCGUCACCAUCCCCUCAACUGGCACGCCUUCGGUAUGAACGGUGCAGAGAUAGUCUUCAACCCGUCGGCCACUGUAGGUGCUCUGAGCGAGCCCUUGUGGAGUGUGGAGGCCCGGAACGCAGCCAUAGCCAACGGAUACUUCAGCGUAGCAAUCAACAGAGUUGGUUCGGAGCACUUCCCCAACUCGUUUACAUCAGGCGACGGCAAGCCCGCGCACAAGGACUUCGGGCAUUUCUAUGGCUCGUCCUACGUGGCCUGCCCAGACGGUAGCCGCACACCCAGUCUCUCGCGAGUGCACGAUGGCUUGCUUGUUACGGAGGUCGACCUCAACCUAAUCCGCCAAGUGAGGGAUACCUGGGG